CCUCGCCCGGCAGCCGGCGCCCGGCAGCCCCGGCCUCGAAGGGCGGCUGGCCCGAGGCGGCGGCGGGCGGCAGUGGCGGCGCGCUCCCUUCCGCCUUUUCCUGGGUCUCUCUCGGGCAGUGACGUGACGUGCUGACGGCGGGCCCGGCCCGGGGAGCUUGGCCGCUUCCACUCAGCUCCGAGCUCGGCCCCUCCCUCCCCUCCCGCCCGCCCGCCCCGCCGCAGCCGCCGCCGCCGCCGCCGCGUUCGGCCCAGUCGCGCUGAGAGAGAUCGCGCCGAGGCGAGUGCCGCCGCCCGCCACCCGCACGACACUGUGACUGAUGAGAGUUAAAGGCCAUGGAUGAAGAUGGGCUUGAAUUGCAGCCACAUGAGCCAAACGCAUUUUUUGAUCCAACAGGAGCUGAUGCAGCACAUAUGGAUGGGGAUCAGAUUGUUGUGGAAGUACAGGAAACAGUAUUUGUUUCAGAUGUAGUCGACUCAGAUAUAACAGUGCAUAAUUUUGUUCCUGAUGAUCCAGAUUCUGUAGUAAUCCAAGAUGUCAUUGAGGAUGUUGUUAUCGAGGAUGUUCAGUGCCCAGAUAUCAUGGAGGAGCCAGACGUAUCUGAAACUGUCAUUAUUCCUGAACAAGUGCUGGACACAGAUGUAGCCGAAGAGGUUUCUUUGGCUCAUUGCACCGUCCCAGAUGAUGUUUUAGCGUCUGACAUAACAGCAGAAACAAUGUCUAUACCAGAACAUGUGCUGACGAGUGAGUCAAUGCAUGUACCUGAAGUUGGACAUGUAGAACACGUAGUUCACGAUAAUGUCGAAGAAGCAGAUAUUGUCACUGAUACUCUGGGAACAGAUGUUGUUUCUGAGGAAGUCUUGGUGGCUGACUGCGCAUCUGAGGCAGUGAUAGAUGCCAAUGGGAUCCCUGUGGAACAUCAAGAUGAGAAGGGCAACUGUGAAGAUUACCUUAUGAUUUCCCUGGAUGAUGCUGGUAAGAUAGAACACGAAGGUUCUGCUGAAAUUACCAUGGAAGCAGAGUCAGAAAGUGGCUCUUGUAAAGUGGAUGGCAUUUGUCCAGAAGUCAUCAAGGUCUAUAUAUUCAAAGCAGAUCCUGGAGAAGAUGACUUAGGGGGCACAGUAGACAUUGUGGAGAGCGAGCCAGAGAAUGACCACGCAGUUGGAUUACUUGAUCAAAAUAGCAGUAUUCGUAUUCCAAGGGAGAAAAUGGUUUACAUGACUGUAAAUGAUUCUCAGCAUGAAGAUGAAGACUUAAAUGUUGCAGAAAUAGCUGAUGAGGUUUAUAUGGAGGUGAUUGUAGGAGAGGAGGAUGCAGCAGUGGCCCAUGAACAGCAAAUUGAUGACAAUGAAAUUAAAACCUUCAUGCCUAUAGCUUGGGCAGCAGCGUAUGGUAACAAUAAUGAUGGCAUUGAAAGUCGGAAUGGCACUGCAAGUGCUCUUUUGCACAUAGAUGAGUCGGCUGGGCUUGGGAGACUGGCUAAGCAAAAACCAAAGAAAAAAAGGAGACCCGAGUCUAGGCAGUAUCAAACAGCAAUAAUCAUUGGCCCCGAUGGUCACCCGUUGACAGUCUACCCCUGCAUGAUUUGUGGAAAGAAAUUUAAAUCUAGAGGUUUCUUGAAAAGGCACAUGAAAAACCACCCGGAGCACCUUCUUACCAAGAAGAAGUACAGAUGCACGGACUGUGAUUACACUACGAAUAAAAAAAUCAGUUUACAUAACCACUUGGAGAGCCAUAAGCUGACCAACAAAACAGAAAAGCUUAUUGAGUGCGACGAGUGCGGGAAAAGCUUCUCCCACGCGGGAACUUUGUUUACUCACAAGAUGGUGCACAGGGACAAAGGAGUUAGCAAAAUGCACAAGUGCAAAUUCUGCGAUUAUGAGACGGCAGAACAAGGCUUGCUGAGUCACCACCUUUUGGCUGUCCACAGCAAGAACUUUCCCCACAUUUGCGUGGAGUGCGGCAAAGGGUUUCGCCACCCGUCGGAGCUCAAGAAGCACAUGCGGAUCCACACCGGCGAGAAGCCCUACCAGUGCCAAUACUGCGAGUACCGCUCCGCCGACUCCUCCAACUUGAAAACCCACGUAAAGACUAAACAUAGUAAGGAAACGCCGCUAAAGUGCGACAUCUGUUUCCAGACUUUCCCAGAUACCAAAGAGCUGCAGCAGCAUACGCUGAUGCAUCAAGAAAGCAAAACGCACCAGUGUUUGCAUUGCGACCACAAGAGCUCAAACUCGAGCGAUCUGAAACGACACAUAAUUUCGGUCCACACGAAAGACUACCCCCAUAAGUGUGACAUGUGUGACAAAGGCUUUCACAGGCCUUCGGAACUGAAAAAACACGUGGCGGCUCACAAGGGUAAAAAAUUGCACCAGUGCAGACAUUGUGACUUUAAGAUCGCGGAUCCGUUCAUUCUGAGUCGCCACAUACUCUCAGUUCACACAAAGGAUCUUCCGUUCAGGUGCAAGAGAUGCAGAAAGGGCUUUAGGCAACAGAACGAGCUGAAAAAACACAUGAAAACACACAGCGGCAGGAAAGUUUAUCAAUGUGAGUACUGUGAGUAUAGCACUACAGAUGCCUCAGGCUUCAAACGGCACGUUAUUUCCAUUCACACAAAAGACUACCCUCACCGUUGUGAGUAUUGCAAGAAAGGGUUCCGAAGGCCUUCAGAGAAGAACCAGCACAUUAUGCGGCAUCAUAAAGAUGUUGGGCUGCCUUAAAGUCUCUUGUCACAGACUUAGUGGCUGGAUUUAGAAAGGAAUUUUUGCCUUUCAGGCAGUUAGCUUAUUUUAAAGCCAAUCACCUGCGAUCACACACACACACACACACACACAGACACACACAAAACCCCAACAAAAAACCCCAUACUGUGUAUUUGAUUUGUUGCUGUAUAAAAAUAGGAUUAUUGCUUCUAGUUGACUUUUAUACCUUUUGUUCAAUAGCGUGUUCUGAAUUCUAUUCAGUUUGUUUAAUAAAUGAAGAAAAGAUGGCAACAAUAAAGUUGCAUUUAAUAAAGUAAA